UUUCCUAUCCAUCUCUUGAAGGUUAAAGACUGGGACUGAACUUUGUGCCUUUCUUUUGGAGCCAUGAGUCCGCUGAAGAAUUGGGCGAGAUGCUUCCUUGCUUGGAUGCUCUGCUGUUCUUGCCUUCCUCUUCUCUUCUUUGCAAGUGCUUUGCCCGUAAAGGAAGCAGAUGCGCGUACUAACCACUCCUGCAUACUCAGAAAAAACACCAUUCAGAUAACUUACAUUAAGAAUUGUACUUACAGCUUGGCCAAACAGGCAAGCUUUUUUGAUCAGGACACAGACAACAGGCUAAUUGAUCAGUACCUGUACGCUAACAUCCAGGAGAAGGAUCACUGCUACCUAAUGAAAAGAGUAAUGGAAAUUGUGGUGUCAGAUGUGCUUUUUGAACUAAAGUCCUCUCCUGAACGAUAUUCCAAUGUCCAGGAAGUGGCAAAUGUUUUGGCCCAUCUGAAUGCGAAAUUGAAUGGCUGUAAACCAUUGGGAGACAGAGAACAAAUUGAAAGCAAUCUGAAACAAAUGAAGGACAAAUUAGAUAAGCUGGGAGAGAAUGGGAAAAACAAAGCAGUUGGUGAGCUGGAUUUGCUGUUCGACUACUUGGAAGAUGCCUGUACCACACCACUAAAGACCAGCAAGCAGAAGAUGAAGAAGAUGAACUAAAUAGACUGCCAGGUCUGCUGAUUGCUUUCAGACAAUGAGAAACUGAAUGGGUUUGUUUGGGUGUUUGCAUACACUCAUGGGGAACCCAACCAGAGAAUAGCAAUAUUAUUUGAUUGUUGGUUCAUGUUUAUAAUGCCUAAAAUGUAUAUAGACUUUAUUUAAUUUAAUUAGUAUUUAUCUGAAUAGGUGAGAGGCUUAUUGGAACAUUGCCAAAGUAUGUUUGUUUAGGACUCUCUGGUCAGUCUGAGAGAGAAAAAAAUUACUUGAAAGUAAAGGGGUCAUUUCAUGGAUGUGGCAACUCUAUGGGGCCUGUCCAUAAAAUCAGUCAUACCUCAAGAGCGAUGGGGGAGGGCAAAAAACUAAAAUAAUAAAAAGAAGGGAUUUAGUAAUAGGAAAUACUUGGAAAAAAAGGAAUGGGAAAAACUGAUGAUAAGAAAAACCUGAUGUGAUGGAAAUUUAGCGAUCUAGUGAUGGAAAAAAAUUGUAGCAAAUCUUUUGCUCCCUUUGCUCUUUGCUCCUUGCUGUUCUGUUUACUUCCCAGGCAUUUUAUUUUAUAAAACAUUUGGUAAAUGUUACUAUUUAAUACUAAUUUAUAUAAAAUUAUAUUUUUAUAUAAAGGACAUAAUUUAUCUGUGUGAAAAGAUGUUUCUAGUAAUGUCAUAGGUUGUGUUUAUGAUUGACUUACAGCUGUUUUCCUAAAGUACAGAUGCAUUAUCUUAAUUGGUAAUGGUAUCUUAAUUGGUAAUGGUAUUUAUUAUAAGAAAUAUGUAUUGAUGAAAAAUAUUUCAUGUAUGUAUGUAUUCAUUAAAAGUAACAGUAACAGAACAAACUCAACAACAGAUUUGUUCAGCUUCUGAAAAUUCAAGAUAGGUAUAAAAGCCAUAUGGGACAACCUGAUAGAUUAGUGGUAUGAUUUUCAGAGCAGCAGUAAAGUCUCCAGAGCUCUGAAAGAAACCUUUGUUUCUCUCAUUUUAUUAUGUAUUAUUAUGUAUUUACUGCACUCUAUUGUUUCUCAAAAUUAUAAAGUAUAAAAAGUGGAGAGCAUCCAAACAGAAUCCACACAGGAGAGGCAAAUAUAUAUACUGUCUAUAUGAACAGGCUGAAAUGUGUCAGGUUCUUGCAGCAAUAAACAUUGUUUUACUUCA